GCCCAACGAGUGAAAGGCCCAAAAAACACCGACUCAACGUAUCCAUCCAUCGAUAAAGAGCGUUCCCCACCCACAUAAACUCCCCUUUUCAAUUAUCGGGUUUAUUAGGGUUCGUCAUCCUCUAGAAUCCAUCAUAUCUCUAUCUAUCCAUUUCUUCGUCUAUCUUAGCGUUUCAAUUCACAUCUACGAACCCUAGUUUUGAAAAUUUCAAUUCAAUUAUUAUCUGUGAAGAUGAUGCAACAGAGUGGAGUGGUCCCACCACAGAUGGCUCCGAUGGCGAUCGAUCCCCAGCAACAACAACAAUACCAGCACGCGCCGCCGCCGAUGAAUCAACAGCAGUGGAUGAUGAUGCAGGCCCAGGCCCAGGCUCAGGCUCAGGCUCAACAACAUCAAUCACAGGCGGCGAUGCAGCCACCUCAGCUCUGGCCACAGCAGUCUCCUCAGGCCGUCGUCCCGCCGCCGCAGUACUCGGCCUCUCCUGCGUCUGCCACGGAUGAGAUUCGCUCGCUUUGGAUUGGUGAUUUGCAGCCGUGGAUGGAUGAGGCUUAUAUUAAUACCUGUUUUUAUAACACCGGAGAGCUUGUGUCGGUGAAGGUGAUACGUAACAAGCAGACUGGCCAGCCUGAGGGAUAUGGUUUUCUUGAAUUUAGGAGCCGUGCAGCUGCUGAACAGGUUCUGCAAUCUUACAAUGGUGUACCGAUGCCUAAUGGUGAGCAGAACUUUCGACUCAACUGGGCUACUCUUGGUGCUGGUGAAAGGCGCACAGAUGACACACCUGACUACACAAUUUUUGUUGGAGAUUUGGCUGCUGAUGUUACAGAUUAUCUUCUUCAGGAGACAUUUAAACCUCAUUAUUCGUCAGUUAAGGGCGCAAAAGUUGUAACAGACCGGACUACUGGUCGGUCUAAGGGUUAUGGGUUUGUUAGGUUUGGCGAUGAGACUGAGCAGAUGCGGGCCAUGAGUGAGAUGAAUGGAGCUCUUUGUUCAACAAGGCCUAUGCGUAUUGGCCCAGCUGCGACAAAGAAACCUAUAGGAGGUGGUCAGCAAUAUGAAAAAGCUUCUUACCAGAGUUCUCAAGGAAAUCAAGGCGAAAGUGACCCUAAUAAUACAACUAUAUUUGUUGGUGGUUUGGACCCAAAUGUUUCUGAUAAUGAAUUAAGAGCAGUGUUUGGCCGGUAUGGUGAGCUUACCCAUGUUAAAAUACCAGUUGGUAAGCGCUGCGGUUUUGUCCAGUUCUCUAACAGGGCAUGUGCCGAACAAGCUUUAUCGAUGUUAAAUAAUACUCUAUUGGGUGGACAAAAUAUUCGACUGUCAUGGGGCCGUAGUCCUUCAAGCAAACAGGCUCAGCCAGAGCAAUCUCAGUAUGGAGCUUAUUAUGGAUAUGCACAAGGGUAUGAUGCAUAUGGUUAUGCACCACCUCCUCAAGACCCUAACAUGUACUAUGGAGGGUAUCCUGCUUAUGGAAAUUAUCCGCAGCCACAGCAACAGUGAUAUGUCCACUGGUUUUGCUUGGAGCUGGAUUGAGAGUGAAUUUCCUUUGCUUGGAGCCAAAAGGAGAGUGCUUUGUCGUUUCUUUGUGUUCUUAUUCAACUUUACUGCUUUUCUGGCCUUUAGAAUGGGCUGUGGAUAAUGGAUUUGAUGGUGCCCUGUUUUGGUGUUUGGAUAAUGAAUGUUUUGAAGUUUGUUACUAUUUAUGUUUGAGUUGUGUAAACUUGAAUGGUAGAAAAUCAUAGUUACUAGGUUUGCCUGCUUAUAUAAGAUUGUUAUUUGCUUGUUC